AUGGUUCUGUUCAAACGCAAGCCGGUGCAAUACCUCCCACAGACCGUGAUUGAAGAUGAUAGCUCCGAGGUCUGGGUGAUCCCAGAGACUAACGAGGUCUUCACCACAUAUGAGCCCUACCUUCAGCGCAUGGACUUCUAUAAGCAACGCAGAUUUAUUUGUGAAAUCACAGGUCAUUCCGGCUUGACCUUCUUCGAGGCGCUCCGCAGUGAGACCGAGGAAUCGCGUGAGGUGAACAACAGUUUCCCGGAUGCCUUGAGAGAACCCAUCCUGCGCCGAAUUCAGUUCUCUACUGUCUCAAGGGUAGACAGCUUGGUGGAUGAGAUCUAUGAAGAAUUCAAAUCAGACUUCUACCCGGGUGAAGCCGUGCUGAUUUUGCUAGAGGACAGCAGCCGGCUACAUGGUACUAUCAGAGAUAAGGCCAACUUUGCAGAGCAGCUGUACGCUGAUGGGACCAUUAAAACGCCUGCCUUUGCCAGGUAUCUGGUCAAGAUCCUGGAUCGACAGAAUGAGGAGGCCCUGCUGGACCAGGACCACAUCACACGGGACCGAAAGGCAUUCACCAAGUUGAUGCUGCGUGGAUUUAUCAAGAACAACGUUACCAGAGAGUCCUGGACUGGUGCACCUUGGUUGGUCAAACCAUCUGUCGCCGAGACGUACAAGAUCCCAAUUGAGGUGCCCAAGCACCUGCAGUAUGGUGCCAAGGUCGCAGAGAAGAAGGCAAUGAAGAAAGCCGACCAAGAUGGCUUCUUUGGUUUCUUCUCUUCUCAGCAGCUGCCGGAGCUGAAGCCCGCUGUCAAAGGACAGAAGUCGAAGGUAUCUGCCCACGAGAUGGCCAAAUCCAGGGAGGCACAGUAUCAAGAAUACCAGCGAUCUCUGAACGGGGAUGCGUCGUUCUUGCUACCUUCCAACCCUCUGCGCCCGUCCAAGCCGCCACUGGUUGGCGACAGGAAACACGCUGGUUCUCCAGCAAUCGUCAUCAAAAAUGAGUCGAGGAUGGAAACCCCUCCACCAAUCAAGUACCCCAUCGAGGAUCUGGAGCUCGCUCCUAAUUCCGAGAAACAGCACCGCCCAACUUUGAAAUUCAUGAUGGUAGGCGAUUCCGAAGACGAAGCCGUGCAGGACCUUCUGCCUGAUGAUCUUGAGCCUGAAACUGUGGGUUUACUUUUGGAAACCUGGGAUACGCUCAACGUCUACUGUGAGGUGUUUGAACUGGACACCUUCCCCUUCGACGACUUCAUUCAAGCAAUGCGGUUUUCAUCAGAGGAAAUUGACUGUGAGCUUUUCGUAGAGGUGCACUGCGCGGUUCUCAAAAAGCUCGUGAAUGCGUCUGACAGCGGCGACGGCGCUGUCCAAGUCACCCUCCCAGAUUUCCCCGUCGAUGAAUCAGACGAGUCCGAAGAAGAAGACGAGGAGGAAGAGGAGGAAGCCGAGGAAGAGUCUCCAAAGCCUCGAGCCAAGCCUGAGAGAAUGACCACUCGAGGCAGCCUGGCCAAGGAGGAGCUAGUGACCAUCAAAGCACAGAUCGACGAGGCAGAGCCAGAAGACACACGUCUGCAUCGCGCCGACGAGCUGUUCGAGAAAUAUGGCUGGAUUGACCGCCUGCGCAAACGCGAUUUCCGCAAUGGAGGAUGGCAGACAGUGAUGGUGGGUCUCCUGCAUCAAUUGUCUGUUCGUCCUCGCGCGGAGCAAGUUUGCAACGAGAUUCUGAAGCACUUGGCACCUCUUGAUACCGACCCCAGUCCCAGCACUGUGCAAGAGCAUUAUCAAACUUUGGACAUCAACCUGCGUACCAAGGCGCUGCAGAAGAUCUGCAUGCUGAGCUUGGAGACCAAGGCCAUUCGAAACUAUUUAGAAGAGUGCAGCAACCAGAUGACAGAGCUGCGCAAGGAAAAGAUCGAGUAUCAAAAGGCGCGCAAAGCAGGACUCAUUGAGCUUCGUCAGCUCCACCAGGAGCGUAAGGCUGUUCAGCCCGAACCCGAAAAGGCCGGCAAGUCACCUACACCUGUGCCCGAGCUGGACGGUCUGGAUGAUUCAAGGAUGACCGGCCUGGAAGGAGACUCGGAGAUGAUUGUGGACACCGAAGACGAGGAUGCCCCUCGACCACGAGCUCUACGCGGAGGGGUGGACCGAGCCCUGGAGCGGAAACGCAAGCAAGAGCUCGAGAAAGAGCGGAAAGAGAUUCUGGCUAAGCAGCCGAAGGGAUCGAAGCAAUAUCAGAAAGUGCUUAAGAAGAUCGAUGAGCAGAAAGCCAAGAUCGAAAAGCUACAGGAGCAAAUCGAGACAGUGGAAAACAGUCUUCGCGAGACCGACUGCCCGCGAACUAAGUGUCUUGGCCAGGAUCGAUUCUGCAACCGCUACUGGUGGUUUGAGCGCAAUGCCAUGCCUUACGAGGGAAUGCCAGAGAGCUCGAGUGCUGAAGCAGGCUACGCCAACGGCCGUCUUUGGGUGCAAGGCCCGGAUGAGCUCGAAUUGACUGGCUUCAUCGACGUGACCGACGAACAGCGCAAACAGUACCAAAAGCAUUUCCACACCACCCCCGCAGAGCGCAAGAAGCACGAGGAAGGUCCAACCCAUCUAUCCAAUGCCCGCGAAUGGGGAUACUACGAAGACCCGGAGACCAUCGAUCAACUAAUCGAAUGGCUCGACACGCGCGGCAACCGUGAGUCCAAGCUGAUGAAGGAACUUCUUCUUCAGCAAGAUGUCAUCGCCAAGUAUAUGAAGACUCGCAAGGAGUACUUAGCUGAGACCCCCGAGCGAGCGGAGUCGGAAGAUAUUCCCACCAAACGCGUCACCACUCGGACCAAGACCUACGUCGAUGUGAGUGACAACAGUCUCCGUUGUCUCCGCUGGAAGAACAACACCGCUUUGUCACUUUACGGUCAUCUCCACGUUGAUCCUGGACGACCAGCCAAGCGCAAGCGGGUGUCUGAUGAUGCCAGAGGAGCCAAAGCGGCUAAGCAGGCCAAGCCGCUGCCUCGAACACGCGCGCAGCGUCGGGGUUGA